AUGGCACAACACAAACCACCCGACCGCAAGAAGAUCCACGAGUACCUCUUCCGCGAGGGCGUGAUGGUCGCGAAGAAAGACUUCAACCAGCCCAAGCACAACGAGCUCGACGUGCCGAACCUCUACGUCAUCAAGGCCUGCCAGUCGCUCACCUCGCGCGGCUACCUCAAGACGCAGUUCUCCUGGCAGUGGUACUACUACACGCUGACCCCCGAGGGUCUCGACUACCUCCGCGAAUGGCUCCACCUCCCCGCUGAGAUCGUGCCCCAGACGCACAUCAAGCAGCAGCGCUCGCAUGCGCCUCCGCGCGGCAUGAUGGGCGGUGAUGACCGUGAGAGGCGCGGUGGCGGCCGUGGCGGUGACCGUGGUGACCGUGGUGGCCGUGGUGAGAGGGGCGAGUACAGGAGGCGCGAUGCGGGCGAGGGUAAGGAGGGUGGUGCGCCGGGCGAGUUUGCUCCCAGCUUUAACCGUGGUGGCUUCGGUGAGUUAUCCUGA